AUGGCAGACUACUUCUCAGACCCCCCGCCAGGCCUGGAUCUGACCGAGAAUCGGACAUCUAGGAACAACGCCGUUGGUGCUGUGCUCUUUGGGCUCUCAGCGGUGUUUGUGGGGUUACGACUGCUCACUCGAUUGAAAUACCAGCAUGCCGCGCUGGGGUUGGACGAUUGGCUCAUGUUUUUUGGGCUUGGGCUGAAUGCUGGAAAUUUGGCGUGUUGCAUCGCAGGGGGCUUCUUCGGGCUAGGAAGACAUAUUUACGUCCUCACGCCCUACGACAUGCGACAAAUCUCCGUCAUCACCUUCGCAUACGUCUUCAUUUACGCCUGGAGCGUCUGUGUCAUCAAAUUCUCCAUUAUAGCCCUCUACCGCCGCAUUUUCGGCAUGACAUUAUUGGGCUGGUGGUGCGUAUUCCUGACUACAGGGUACCUCAUCACGAACCAUAUUGUGCUUCCGCUAUACACCAAGCCGCUUUCGUAUUACUGGGACCAGUGGUACGGCGUUAAAGGUGUUGUGCAGGUCAACGAAGGAAAUUUCUACCUCGGAGUCGGCAUCAUAAAUCUUUUCGGUGAUAUCUGCAUCUUAUCCGUCCCCAUUCGCAACGUAUGGCGCCUGCAAAUGAGCCGACCGCAGAAGUUCAUUAUCAUGUUUAUGUUCUUACUCGGAAGCUUCGUCUGCUUUGCCUCUCUCUACCGCAUCGUAACCAUCAUCCGUCUAACGAAGACCACUGAUAUAUCCUGGGCCAAAUCUGACGUCUUCAUCUGGUCCUCUGUCGAGCCCUCCAUUGGCAUCAUCUCCGGUUGUCUACCCACUCUUCGGCCCCUAUUACUCCACGUCUUACAUGACUUCUUCGGCUACGACUUGAAGUCUUCCGGUUCCGAUAACGGGGGGGCUCCGUACCCAACUCUAGAGACAAUAUCCAAGAAGCGCACGAGGAAGAUGAGGAAUAGGGACGUGGAUGCGGAGGUAUUGAAUGAAACCCAACUUACACAGUUUGGAGAUGAGAGGGAUGACGCGGCCAAUGGGGAGGUUGCGCUUGUAAACUCGCCGAUAAAGAUAAAGAUCAAGUUUGGGAAAAUCGAAGCGGAGACGGGGAGGUGGCGGCCUGAUGAAGAUGAGAUGUGCUUGACUACCACAGUUGUUGAAGGGCGAACCGUCUCAAGAACGAAUGUGGGGUGCAGUACGGAUAAAGACGAGGAAUCGCAGGGUUGUGAGAGUAGAGAUGGGAUUAAGGUUGAGAAACAGUUCUUUUGGGGAGAAGAGAAGGGAGAACAGCGGUAA